AUGCUGGACACUUCCUUCUUUUGUGGACGAUCCUUGUGGGCGCAUACUUUACGGAUGCUGCCACCCUUUCAAAACACCUCACUAGAUCAAAACUAUACCAAUUCAGCGGGACCUACUGCGACGACAAGAGGCGGAGACUCGUCCCGAAACAAAAUUAGCUCGGCUGUUGACAUCAAGAAAGGAAGAUGCAUAUAUAUUGAUGGGGAGACUCAUAGCAUCUAUCUUGCAAGGGCAACCGGACUUGUGUGGAGAUGGGCCGUGCACGCUUAUGCACAGACUGGAUGCCCAGCUAACAUGAAAAUCGAGCAAUUCUACGAGCAUGUUAGCGGGAGCGCUUGCAUGAAUGUUAAUACUCAAAUUCUGGGAAUCCCGGGCUCAUAA